GUCAAUUAUGAAGAUGUAACAGUCCUGUUCUCUUUUUGGGAGGGAUUUGGUGACAAGGAAAAGGUCACUAAACACAUGAAGACCGCUACUCAGCUCGAGGCUCUUAUUAUCGUACAAAAGCAUGAAGCUAAACCUGUCGAAUUCAUGGCAGGCUUAGGAUUCCCCGGACUCACCCUCCUUACAAGAUUGCCAAUAAGAACCUCAGGUGCCAACCAGACGUUUCAAGCAUAUAUCUUCCUUACAAGUCUUGGCAAGUCCAACAUGCUACCAGAAGUUAAAAUACAGGAACAGGAAUUCCUACCUCCUGCAGUGUACGACCUGCCCGUGAAUGACCAUACUCCGUUGUUAAUUAAAAUGAUGCAAGAAGACGAAC